AUGGACAGUCUAUCUGAACGUGACGGGCAGAUCCUGGCCCGCGUCUCGUGGCUUCAAUCUCUCCUUUCUCAUCGCAUCGUCCCCGAAUCUUUUGCCAAGCACCUCUAUCAACGAUGCUGCGCAGUCGCACAAUACCCAUACAGCGAGUCGGCCUACCGCUCGAUGGUCGACGAAGCAUCGAAGCAGCUAUCGAUGGUCGACUUGGAGAUCCGCAGCUCCCGCGAGCAGGUUUCAGGCAAGCGCAUGCUCGCGCUCGUCAACACUAAGAACGACAACGUCAUCCAAAACGCGACUCGAUACUCACCGCUGGAGAUCUCAUUUAUCAAGAAGCUGGUUGAAGAGAUCUUCAAGGCGAGAAGAGAAGCAUACUCGAUACCGGCGCUCGAGGCAGUGAGGCUGGGUAGCAAGCUGCGAACACACAUGACAAGGGAUGCGACAGAAGAACUGCUCAAGAAUCUGGUUGACCAUCGAUGGAUCGACUACUCAGCCGAUGGUAUCUACACGCUCUCAACGCGCUCACUGCUCGAGCUCCGCAACUACCUCCAGAACGAAUUCGGCGACGAGUAUUUCCACACCUGCACUCACUGUAAAGAUCUCGUGACGCUCGGCAUCGGUUGCGGACGCAAGAAGCACGGCUGCAAUGUCCGCUACCAUCUGCACUGCGCACGCAGCACAAUUGCUUCUGCUGUGGACGACGACGACGCGCUUCUUCGCAUCGCAGGCUUCUCUUGCCCUGCAUGUCGAAGUACAUGGAAAUCACGCCCCAUCGGACCUAAGGCUCUGAACCUCAGCUCCAGCGGAGACCACGAUGGGUUCAUUAGCUCACAGGGCGAGAGCUCACAGACAGCAGCUACCUCAAGAAACAGAAGAAGGAGGCAGGCUUCCCACGACGAUGACGAGGACGAGGGAGAACAUGACGAAGAUGAUGAAACGGUAGAGCAGCAACCGGCUGAUGAUGGCAACAAAGACGAAGAGGACGAAGAAGAAGCGGAACAGCCGCAGAGAAGGCCAACGCAAGUCAAGCCUGAGCCAGGGCAACAAGGAGAGCCGUCGCAACGUCGUGUCAGAUCUCGAGCAGCGCCAGCAGAGGACGAGGAGGAAUCUGACGAAGAAGAGCCGGAUGUCAAGCCUCGCAAACGUGCUCGUUAG